CUGAAGAGGAUUUGUCUGCAUCAAUUCUUCAAAAUCCAUUAACUACCUCGACAUAUUGAGUUUUCUUCCAAAGGCUUAAACUUCAGACUUAUAAAUAUUUCAAUUAACACUCUUUCGUGAACCCAACUUAAACUUUCUGAUGGAUUCUGACAUUAGUCUAAUUCCUCGGCCACCUCUAAUUAUGCAGUCUAGAGAAGUCUAUUCUGAAAGAAACCAAGAAGCAAGAUAUCACCAGAUGCCAGAGCAUUGUCUAUAAGAUUUGAUCUGGACAAGGAGAGAUUAACCCAUUGGAUUCAGAGUCUGGAGAAGUUCCACGAAAUAGUAACCUUUGGAUUUAUUGCAAAGAGUUUAAAUAUGAGAAGCUUGCGCAAAAUUUAAAGUAUCUCAAGUUCUUUGAUAUAAGCCAGAUUUGGGUUCAUGGCAUCAGUUCUAAAAAUAGACAUUUUGCAGAUUUCUUCGAAUUCUCGUUCCCAAAUAAAACUAAUUCGAUCCAUUUCUAUUCCAGCAAUAAAAUGGAUCUGAAUAGGGCCAAUUACUUAAACUCCCUGACCAGGCUCAGUUCUAAAGUCAUUCAAAGAGUUACACUCGAGUCUUUCAACAUUGGCCUCCCCCAACUGAAGAGACUGGUGGCAGCUUACAAACAUGUCAGAGUGAUGGGAUUGAUUCAAUGCACCUUAUCUAUUCCAAGUGUUCCUGAUUUUUCAAAGGCUCUUACUAAUUGCCAAAUUCAGGAACUAAAUUUAGAAGGAUCAGGAGAUUUCUUACAGAAGUGACUGGGGGAACAAUCUUGACCAGUUCAAGAACUUGAUACAAGGACUAGCUAGUUCUCAGGAUUUAAGAUUGAGUCU